GACCACUACUCUCAGCAUGGAACUAUUUCAACCUAUCGCAAUACGUUGUCUCAAUGGCCAUGAUUUUACCUGAAUUGGUUCCAGCCUCUCCUCUUUGUUGAGGGGUGAAACUUCUGUUUGUUAUCAUUCACUGGUCCCCUCUGAGCCUGCCUUCAACUGGUUAUGGCAUAGUAGGGCAGUUUCAGCCAAUUUAGUGUGUUUUUUGGAUUGUUUUUUAAUUAGGUCUGCAAAUCUCUAUUCCUUACGUAUUUUUGAAGCACAAUCAUUUAGAAACUACUACACUUUCUUUUACAGCCAAAUGAAUCUCUUUCCUUCUCAGCAUUUAUCAUCAUUAAUAAUUUACAGACUCACAGCUUAUUUUAUCGAGAUGCCUGUACUUGUAUAAAUGUGCAUAUACAAGCUGGAAUAAGACCACAUUUGAACUAUCAGUAAAACAGAAAAUGUAAAAGAAAAAAAAGGAACCACAAAAAACAAACUCACACCUCGCUACCUGAAAUGCUUCAAUUGCAGAAAUUUGUAAGGGGGAGGUGGUGUGUGUAACAAACUAAACCAACAAUUCUGCAUACUUCCUGUGCUGAUGGUUCUGCUGCGCAGCUCUUUUACGGAUUUUGUCACAAAAAUAGGUGGCUACCUGCCUGCAAUACAUGUAUGGCAAACACAACAGAACUGCGAACAACAACAUGAAAUCUUUUCCCUUGCUACUGUUGGAAGCACCUCAGGAUUUCCUAUGAGGAAGAUUUAAGGAAUGGUCCAGAUACUGCCAUGAAAAAUUUCACAGGUGCAUUUGAGAAAGGCAGGACCAUAGUAGACCAAUGCUCUUUAAAGCAGAACUGGCCAAAUCCGAGGCCAUGAUCCCAGGAGCUGCUCUGAGUGUCUGGUUACAGAAGCUUUAGGUUCACUCUCAGGUUCAAAACUAAUCAGCACCCGGCGGCUGCAUUUUUUCAGACCUGUGUCAAGGGCUGGACAAGAUGGGUAUCCCAAAUGGAAGAACAUACACCCAAGCCAAGCCAGUAGCUGUUUUCUUCAGCAGAGAAUUUUGUUCAGGAAAAGGGUUUACGUGCAUCUGGCAAAGUCUAUGAAGAAAAAAAUUCUGUGGAAAUCUAGAAGAGCGAGGAGAGGAUGGAGGCUUUCUCUUGAUGAUAAAAUGUCUCACCACAUCUCUUGGAUCUUUGCACGUUACAUGCUGACCUUCCUGGAGAGUGUUAUGAGGGGAAUUUCGAUGUACUCAGUAUUUUUGAGAGCUUGGCUCUGCCUCAGGGAAGUGAGCUCUGAGAAGAUGAUGCCCUCAGUGAAUCAAUAUCACAGACUGUAGGAUUCAGCUGAUCUUCUACUCUAGUACUAAUACAAAGAGAAUGCAUCUAUUUCCCAGGGCUCCUGGGAAGAAAAAGCCUGAAACACAUUCCUUGAAGUAGAAAUAAGCAAAGAUGACACAAAACUCACCUCUGCACUGAAUCUAUCAAACAUAAUUUCUGUAAACUGUGAGCUACUCCGGCACUUUCACACAAGUCUUGUCUGGAAACUCGCUGUAUCUUUUGUAAUCUUCAGAUGGCGAGAAGAUGAAUUUUAGCCUGUGGUUUUUUACAGGUUUACACUUACAUCUGUCACGUACAAAUCACAAUGUCCUCAAUCCAACCUGAUUUUAAGAGUUUUAUGAAUUUUGAUCUGCAUUCCCUUCUCUCAGCUUUGCCAGGGAAAGAAUAAGCUGGCACAUAAAUCCAUGCUGUAGCUGACCUGUGACAAGUCUCACAGACAAAAAGACUUGCAGCAAUAGUGUCUGCUCACUUUCAGCACCAUGGAAGAGACUUUUACUUUGCCUUGAAAAUAAGAAUUGUCUUUUAGGCAAUCAGGUGCAGGAGAUUACUCCUAGAAUAACAAUGAGGCAUUUCACAAAUCCAUGGAAUGUUAUUUUUACUCUAAUUCACAAGUGACUAACUGAAAAGGGUCACUGCCUCCUACUUAGGAAGAGGACACAGUUAUUUUUAAACUGAGUGGUUACACCCAAGUUGAGAUGGCAAGAUGGUUUUUAGCCUAUUCUUCCUUACAGGUUCACAUUUACAUCUGUGGCAUACAAAUCAGUAAUCUAAUCUGGGGUGUUUUUAUACACCUUGAUCCUUUUUCAGAGUUUGUGAUGGCUGAAUUGCACUCGCUAAGUAAAUCCUUACGCAUUCCAUUAAAAAUAGUCAGCUAGAGUCCACUAGUGCACUACUGAUAGGAGGGCAGUUGUAUAUAACCAGCUCCUUAUUAGACAUCAGCACAUAUACACAAGAGACAGUGCCCACCUAAAUAUCCUUCCAUCCAGCAGCCAGUUUUUAGUAGCAGCUGGCUACUUUUCCAGGUGCCUGGAAUUCUGCCAGGCACCUGCUGCACAGGAGCACAUAACCUGAGCACUGAGAGAGUGAAUCUGAGUGCAUCCAGAGUGCGCUGGAGGGACUGAUUUGCUGCCCAUCCAAUCUGCAGUUGCUCUUUGCCUGUGGAGACACACACAGAUGCAAUCUAUGUGCCCAGGGCUGGAGCCUGCACCAGUAGGCAAUUUCCUGAAAGCUUUGAGAAUCCCGAAGAAGCGCCUGGUGUGUGAACAUGCAGGUGGGAGGGAGUGGAAGGAGAAAAUUAAUUUAUCUGCAGAAGAGGGGAAGGAUGAUGACGACCAAUAGUAGAGGUUUCAAAUUAGUAUGCACUGACAAAUCUGUGAUGAAUUCAGUAGCUUAAAAAAUGAGAAUUUCUGUUUGAUUUAUGCAAUGCUGAAAGGGCUGUCUGUAAGGUAAGUCACAGCUGAAGCAAUACAGAUACUACAAAUGAAAGAUGAAGGAAAUCAGAGCUCUUUAAGGGAAGCAAGCACUGUAAAUAAGAACAGCCCAAGAGCCAUGCAGCCUGUGCAGUCAGAAGAAGAAGGAACAAACUACUGCUCUGGAGUCCAGGACUGUGGCUGAUAAGGAAGUCUGUGAGGGGGAUGGGAGCAUCAAGUCAAGUUUCAAAUUACAGAAGAAUAUGUGACACUCUGGAAAACUGUUUUCUAAGUUUCUAACACAUUAAUCGAGUUGGGUGUGGAGACUCCAUGUCUAGGGGAACUGAAGGGACUGCAGGGCAGGAGGGGUGCACUGGCAGGGCAGCAAAGAGCCUGGAACUGAUACAGAACAACCAACUACAGUGCAGAAAGGAUAUAGUAGUUUUAAGUGUUUCUCCUUGUAUGUUUUCAUGUAAGAUAACUCUCAACAGAAAACAACAAAAAUAAAUGAACAGGUAAAGUAAAAAACUCCAAGCCUCAGGAAAGUUGAACUUGCCAUGACAAGCAGUUUAUACAAAAUAUUUUGAGUAUAGAUAAAGAAUGUGACACCCAAAUUCACUGUUCUCUGACUUCUUCUGAGCCGGUACAAUCUCAAAUCUCUGCAAGCUACCAAUAUCCUGUGCUAAAAAUAAAAGGUUCUGUAUCUUGAAAACUACAUUCCCUCCCCCCAAAAGAAAAAAAAGCAAAACCUGAGCCUCGUUUGCUUUCAUGGGCAAAUGCAAAAUCGAGAUAGAAACAGUAAAAUUAAACCUGAUUUUUAAAAAAAGCUGCAAGUAUUUAUUCUGAAGACAAGGUUUCAACUAAUCAGAGACUCUUGUUGCUUGCUUGUUGCCUAUGCGGUUGGUUAAAAGUAUAUAAAUUAUCUCCCCACAAAACCACUGUUCUCCUCCUCCCUCCCUCCUCUCCUCCCCCCUCACUCUAUAAAAUGUUUUUAAAGACCUUGAAGGGAAGGGCAGGGGAGCUCAGAGCCUCCCUCAGAGCAGGGAUGAGAACAGCCUGGCCAGAAAUGGAACUCAACCAGCUCUCAUCUGUGUCUACAGUCACCCCCAGCUAUGAGUACUACUACGAGGACAGCUGCCAGUAUCAGCACCUGCAACAUAUGUCUAUUUUCCUCCCUAUCCUGUACACUGCUGUGUUCCUGGUGGGCAUUGUUGGCAACGCAGUCCUGAUCGUAGCCUUGGUCUUCAAGCGACAGGUCCAGAGGCUGAUUGACGUCUUUAUCAUCAACCUCGCUGCAUCUGACUUCAUUUUCCUCAUCACGCUGCCAUUCUGGGUGGACGAGGAGGUGUUGGACGGGAGCUGGAGGGUAGGAUCUUUCCUCUGUAAAGCUAGUUCCUAUGUCAUCUCAGUCAACAUGUACUGCAGCAUCCUCCUCCUCACUUGUAUGAGUGCUGACCGAUACCUGGCUAUCAUGCACCCCUCUAUCGCUAGACGGAUCAGAACAAGAUCCUAUUCCAGAGCACUCUGCAUCUGUGUCUGGUUGUUAUCCUGCUGCUUGGGGAUGCCAACCCUUUUGUCUAGAGAACUGAAGAAGCAAUAUGGAAAGACUUACUGCACAGACAAAACCAUGACAGAAGCCAAACAGAUUGCGUCGCUGAUGCUUUUAAUCCUGGCCUUCUUCUUCCCACUGUUGAGUAUCUUAACCUUUUACUGCUCUAUCACCAAGAGACUCUGUGUGCAUUAUCAGAAGACUGGGAAACAUGAUAAGAAAUUGAGAAAAUCCAUCAAGAUCGUCUUCAUUGUAGUGGUGGCUUUUGUUGUCUCCUGGGUUCCCUUCAAUCUGUUCAAGCUUAUGGCCAUUCUUUUGGGACUCCUGAAGCAGUCUGACUGUUUUUCCAACAUGGUUGCCCAACUGGGCAUGAAGGUGAGCAACCCUUUUGCUUUUGCCAAUAGCUGUGCCAACCCUUUCAUUUAUUAUUGCUUUGACAGCUAUAUCCGCAGAGCCAUGCUCCAGUGCCUGUGCCCACGGGUGAAAAUCAGCAGCAGCAGCAACAGCUCUGAUACUCUGGACACUCGCCUCAGUCAUUCCUUAUCCAAUUUUGGGGCAGGGGAGUAUGCUGCUAGGAAGAGGAAGCGCUCUGUGUCCCUGUGACUGGGAGCUGGGACUUCUCUCUCCAAAGAUAGCAGGAAAAGAAAAAGAGAAAUGAGCAACACAGACAGAGGUGCAAGUGUAAUGCAAUCAGCGCUUCAGGUGGAAGGACUUACCCUGGAACCCCAGCACAAAUGCUACAAACAACAGAAAAGAAUCGUGUGAUUCAAUCAAAGCCGCUCCAAGAAAAGCUCUGAACUUAAAUGUAUAUAGGUUUUUAUUCUGUGCAACAAAACCAACACAAGUGUUUCUUUUUAGUUCCUAGCGUACCCACAAACAUGUCACAAUGUUCUCAAACUAACCUAAUCAAUUCUGGUUUUUUGGAGUUUUUCUGAAUUUAGAAAUUCAAUGUUUUAAUGAAUUUGUGUGUUACCAGUUCUUAUAAUUUAAGUCCUGUGCAUUUUAAGUCUCUGCUUCUUAUUAUGGCAUUAAAUCUUUAAUUUUAAUAAAAAUGAGUAAAGUGUCUAGCCCCUGUGAUUUUAGUAAGAAAGAAGAUAACUUGAAGGCAGAGAAACCAGAAGACAAGCAAAACAGGUCCUGCAUUUAACCUUUUUCUUAAAGGAAAAAGACCAUCAAAAGCACACUUGUGCUUUUAAAGACUUUUUUAAGGACCUGACACAAUUUCUGACUGCUUGGGUCAGAAGUAAGGAAUCAGUCCCUCCUACUAAGGAAAAGGACACGGUGAGUUCCAGGGUGAAUGGUUACACUCAUGCAAACCUACUAAAAGGCUUCAAAGAAAAGACAGCUAUACCAGCUAAUGUAAUUAAUGAAAAACAGAGAAAUGGGUAAAGCCUGAAGUCCUGACUACUGUUUGGACAGCAAAAAAAAAAAAAAAAAAAAAAUUGGAGUCUGAAUGACGGAAGGGGUCUCCCUCUGAUGUAACUACAGCACGAGUACCAUUCACCAUAGCUUUUAUUUUCACACCUCUGUAUUUUCUAAACAUCUGUAAAUGAGAAUGACUAUUUUGAGUGUUACGAAUAAAUCCUGGUAUUUGCAUUCUUUAUUGAUCCUUGCAGUUGAGCUGCGUUGUGCACGCAGAGAAAUGAAAGCAGAUCUCACUCAAUGGCAGUGCAAACCUAGAAACCAAGGCAUGGACAUCUUGCCCAACUCCCCAGCCAGUUCUGUACUGGACCCAUUGGGUAAUGGAACAAACCCUCACUGGAGCAGGUGGAGAGCUGGCACUGCAGGAUCCCUCGAGGCAAAAGUAUCUUUCAGCAAUUGCUGGUGGCAUUGUGCUCUCUGGC